AGGCAAACAGGCCCGCCCUGGUCGGUGAGCCAACUUAUCUGAUCGUCGUCCGUGGCCGGACGGCGCCAGGACUCUCUGCGCAUAAGCGCAUAUAAGGUUGCGUGGGUGCCACAGUGCACUGAUGUGACGUCCUGGUUGCUUUCUUCGGCCGAGUGCAGGUACUGCAGCGUCGCCAACAUGUUCGUCCCGCUGCGCACAACACACCAGGUGGGCAGAUCAUCAAUUCUGGCCAGCAAACUGCUCACGAGGUCGCCCGCCCGACUCGGCACCGGGUUACCGCUGUCACUUGUCACGGGUAGGCAGCCUCUCCGAUUCGGUAGUGACGAAGCGCGGCCGCCAAGUCGGCCCCCGAGUUCGGCUGUUGACUCUAGCCUACCCUAUCCUCCAUACACUAUCCCGACCAAAGGCAUCCUUUCCAAGCUACCGCCCUCAUGGGUUCCAUAUGCUGAGCUCUCUCGCAUUGAGAAGCCUGGCGGUCUGUAUGGCUUCUACAUGGCGUACCUCAUCGGCCUCGGCUACGGCUCUUGUCUGGUGACGCCUGCUGUGGCACCGGGACACUUAGCACAAAUUGCGGGAGUCCUACUUGUGUAUAACGUAUUUUUGCGUGGUGCCGCCUGCACGGUGAAUGAUAUUUUGGAUCGCGACUACGAUCGUCAGGUAGCCAGAUGCAGGAAUCGCCCGGUCGCUCGUCGAGCCGUCACACCUAGUCAAGGUUACAUGUGGUACGCUGCGCAAACCGUGGGCGCAGGGGCUGCUAUUGCUUGCUUGCCGAGCCCGAUGCUUGCCCUUGCCUACGCAGUGCCGAUCCAGCUGAGCGUUAGCUUGUACCCCCUUGCCAAGCGUCAUACAGACUUCCCACAGCUUGUUCUUAGCGCACCCAUUGCUGGGGGUGUUCUCAUGGCUGCUGCCUCUCUAGGGAUGGAUCCGUUCACGACGUCUGCCACCGGCUUUCUGUUCAUGUCGCAUUAUAUCUGGACGACUAUCUUCGACUACGUGAAUGCAUGCCAGGACACCGCCGACGACAUCAAGGCUGGUGUGAGGAGUAUGGCCGUCCGCUAUCAGAACACCAGUCUCUUUAUAUCCACGCUUGGCGCAGCACAAGUUGGAUGCCUGGCUGCCACGGGUAUUCUAGCUGGGUUUUCGCCUGUUUAUAUGAUCGGAGCAGUUGGCGGUAAUGCUCUUUGGCUAGCGACAAUGGUCAUGACUGUCAAACGAACGAGACCGGAUAUAUGUGCGUGGUGGUUCUCUUGGGGCGGCUUGCUAGUGAGUGGAACGACAGUUGCGGCAUUGUUUGCAGAGUAUCACAGCAGGCUGGAUGGGUCAGAGGGAGGGGAGAAGAUUAAUGAUUCGAAAUAGCCUUUAUAGCACUAAGUGACGGCGCGGAGGAUAAUUAAUUAUAUAUUGAGUGUUUGUGAAUCACAAAACGG